GCGCCCGACGUGGUGGUUCCUGUGCCUGUGCCUGUCACUCCGCCCGCUGCUACCUGGCAAUCUUGCUCCCUAACCUUGGAGCCGUUGCUGUCCAACUUCCGACCAAGGCACGCAGUUUUCUUUUUCUCUGCCUGUAAUUGACGAGACUGGGCCUGUUGUGUGGACUCAUAAUCGAAAUUGCAUCACCAUCCAGCAUAACUAGCCGAGGGCAGACACACCACCCCAUAUAACUACACCUCGUCGCCAAACCCCGACACGACAGAGAGACGGACCAAAUCACCAGUACCAGAGCGGCGGCAGGACGAUCGUGAAAGGCCGACGGGUAGCACAUAGGCAAGAUGCCGUCACCUACCUCUGAGGGACCCACGGUCACCCUCUCCUUUGCCAACAACUUCUGGGGCAAGGACGAUGCCGGAGUCCCACCCAUGCUCGAGCGCAUGCAUGCCGCCAAGCAGACCUGCGAUGAGUUGCGAUCCUUCUAUGCCACACGCGCCUCCAUCGAGGACGAGUACGCCCGCAAGCUGCUGUCCCUCUGCCGCAAGUCCCUCGGCUCCCAGGAGAUGGGCAGCCUCAAGACCUCCCUCGAUACCGUCCGCGGCGAGGUCGAGUGCAUGGCCAAGCAACACCAGAACAAUGCAGCACAGAUGAGGUCGGAGCUCGAGGAGCCACUGGCUGCCUUUGCAGGCGGCAUGAAGGAGCGGCGCAAGAUCGUCCAGAAUACAAUAGAGAAGCUGCUCAAGACCAAGCAGCAACAGACCGCACUGGUCAACAAGACAAGAGACCGGUACGAGCAAGAAUGUCUCAAGAUCAAGGGCUACCUGGCCCAGGGGCACAUGGUCAUGGGACAGGAGGAGCGCAAGAACAAGGCCAAGCUUGAGAAGACACAGAUCAGCCUGGCAACAUCUAAUUCCGAGUACGAGGCCGCCGUCAAGGCCUUGGAGGAGACCACUGCUCGGUGGAACCGGGAGUGGAAGGCCGCAGCCGACAAGUUCCAGGACCUGGAGGAGGAACGCCUUGACUUCACCAAGAGCAGCCUCUGGACCUUUGCUAACAUCGCAUCGACCGUCUGCGUUAGUGACGACGCGUCUUGCGAGAAGGUACGGCUGUCCCUGGAGAAGAUGGAGGUCGAGAAGGACAUCAUCACCUUCAUCCGAGAAAAGGGGACCGGUCAGGAGAUCCCAGACCCACCAAAGUACAUCAACUUCUGCCGUGGGGAUGUCGAAACACCCGUCGAGGAGGAGGACGACGAAGCAUACUCAGUAGCCCAGUUCCCUCGGAGUAUCAACCCGGCCUUCCGUUCCUCGUCGCCACAGCCAUCCACCUACGAGUCCCACCACGACCCGGCCAAUCCUCUGGCCAAAGAACUGGGCCACGACUUCGCGGCACCCGGCGGCAGGGAGCGAACAAUAACACCACAGAGGCUUGCACAGCAGGCUAGCGAGCCUCGGAGCAGCAGGGACCUGCCUCGCGAUCUUCAAAGGCCCCAGCCCCCAGAGUUUGACCCAAACGAGUUUGCACCCGUGCCUCACGAUCCCUAUCCAAUGGACGGCAUGACCAUGCUCUGCCGCACGGGGAACCCUGCAAACCCUACCGGCUCAGACCUGGGCUCGCAAGUGAGUAGUGCAACAUCGGGCUCAUCUGACCGGCCGACGAGCAGAGAUGAGCAUAGUGACUACUCGGCCCCGACGUCGUAUUCGAGCCGAGACCCAAUGAGCGGCAAGUCGUCCCCGGUCAAGCAGGACGCGCCGCCCGGAUCGCCAGCCACGGGCGGGGACAGGAAGCUGAAGAAUAGGAGAAGCGGCUUCUUCCAGAACCACAGCCCAUUCAGCAGGCGUAAGAGCACCAGGGAGCGGGAGGUCCCAUCGAACAGCAGGAACACUUGGCACCCUGGGAACAGCCGGACGAACUCUGAUCGCGACAUGCCCCAGAACCUGUUGCCGGACAGAUCAGUGGCCAGCCCUGAUCCCAUAGACCCCAAUGCCGACGUCGCCAUCAACAUUGGAGAGAAUGUGCUGCCCGUGAAGCUUCCCGGCAGACAAAAGGCAGCAGCAGCCGAGCCCGAGCCGCAGGAGGACGACCCGAUCGCACAAGCCCUGGCGGAGCUCAAGGGGGUGACGCUGGGCAAGCAGUCCUCGGUCCGCAUGUCUGCAGACCACUACCACGGCAUCGCCACCCCAGCCCCAGGCUCACAACCCUUCUCUCGAUCAGUGCCCCCGCUGAGCGGUAACAAUGCCGCCGCAGCCGGGAUGAGAGGGACGCCGCCCCCAUCCUACGACCAGCCCGUGCACAGCAGGCUGGGUGUCCCAUCGCCGGCGGUCACCUCCAAGGCGAUGAAGCAGGCGACGCAGAAGUACACGCAGCAGACGCGGAGCCUGUUCUCCGGGGACAGGCCCGGCUCAGGCGGCUACGCCAGGUCACCCUCCCGGCCGCCGACGCGAGGCAGCGACAUGCCACGGGCCGCCUCCCCCGCCCCGCCCCGGAGCGCCUCCCCACUACCAGGCAGCAUGAACAACAGGACGGCAUCGCCAAACCCUUACGCGGCAAGCCAGCGCGGCAGCAUGGACUCGCGCCACGGGUCGGCGCAGAUGGACGCCCGGCACUCGGCGCAGGGCUACUACGGCCGCAGCACGCCCAACGACGUGCCGCGGUCGGCCUCGCCGCUGCCGCCGCGCGACUACGGCCGGCCGGCCAGCAGGGCUGGCAGCAGCUUCGGGGCGUACCCCGGCGGUGACAUGUCCAGGGGCAUGUCGCCCGCGCCGACGGAGGACUCGUACGGCGGGUCUACGAGGGGGCGGGGCGGGCGGCCCGGGACGAGCCAGGGCAGCAACAGGGGGGCCAUGGGCCUCUACGAGCCCCCCGGGGCCGUGGCGCCCGCGUCGAGGCCGCGGAGCAAGAGCGUUGCUGAUGGGGGGAGGCAGUACACCCAGGACGGGAGGCUGAUCCUGCACUUUGCACGCGCCAUGUACGUGUACCAGGCGGCCAUCCCCGAGGAGCUCGGGUUCAACAAGGGCGACAUCCUCGCGGUGCUGCGCCACCAGGACGACGGGUGGUGGGAGGCCGAGGUGCACGGGGGCGGCGGCCAGAGCGGGCUGGUCCCGAGCAACUACCUGCAGAUGAUUUAGGAGGGGGGCGAACGAACCAACGAACGGACGGAUACCAGCAUCGAGGACUGACCAUGCUACGCGAUUGCCCUCACACACUCACACACACACCAACCAGUGCGAAAACGCCGGCAUCAGGAUCGGAGUUGGAUGACCUUUUUUUUUUUUUUCCAAGUUGACGAACCAUAAUUCUGCCUCGUGUUUAUCUCUUUCUUUCUCCUUGAUGCGGUCUUUUUCUGCAGGCGGCGCAACGGCAUCACCCCAGCCUGGAGAUGAGCAGUGGGGAUGGGAAGGGGGAGGUCUCCCGGCUCUGCUUCUUGGCCUGGGCUUGUUUGUUUGUUUGUUUGUUUGACUGGAUGGAUUGCGAUGGUUUGGAUUGAUUGAUUGAUUGAUUGGUUGGUUGGUUGGUUCAGUUGUUGGGCCUGAAUCUGGCCCAUUGUUACUGUACGCUUCAUGAGGACGAAAAGGGAUGCUUUUGACGGGGUUUUUUGAUGCCUCUUUUCAAUGUCUAUAGGCGGCCUGGACUAUGCAUGGAUGGCUGGAUGUAUGUAUGAGGAAUGAUGAAUGGGG